AACAGCAGGGCAGCUGGGUCGGGCAAAGGCAGAGCAUUGAUACGGACAUCUCAGACCAUUUUCGCCUCUCUAUCCAACACUUUGUCCCCAUCCACAUUCUUGUCCCACUCCCGCACGCCCUUGAUCCGCUCCUUUUAAUCCCCCGCCCCCCUUCUUCCUCUCCGACAUCUCUUCAAUCCCAUCUAUGGCUAUGGAGCUUCAGCUGAGUCUUGCUCUGUUCCCCACCAAUCCCACUAAACCCUUCGACCUAAACACCCAUCACCGCGCUCUCCCUUGCUUCGAUUUCGACUCAAUCAGCCGCAAAAAGCGCCCUCUCGAUAUCGACCCCUCUUCGGCAUUUCGUCGAACACUUCCUCUGCUUCUCUGGAAUGACCAUCCCAAUAAUGACGAUGACGACCCUAACGACCCAAAUUCCGCCUCCUCCAAUCAUCCAAACAAUCCGGAGGAACAGGAAAUUGAGCUUGUCGGAUGGCCGCCGCUUAAAAAGAGGAGGAAGACACUUUUCGUACAGAAACGCAUCGGAAGGGCCGUAGCGAUCAGGCGUCCGGCGACGGAGAACGACGGCGGGGUUUACAGGGAAUUGAAUCCGAAUAAUUCCCGGUACGUGAAGGUGAAGAUGGAGGGAGUGGGAAUUGGUAGGAAGGUUGAUGUACGGCAACACCAUUGUUUGGAUGCGCUUAGAGCUACUUUGAUGAACAUGUUUGAUAAGCCGGAUUCCGACGGCUACAACCUCACCUACCAGGAUACCGACGGUGAUUGGUUGCUUGCUGAGGACGUAACUUGGAGAGAUUUCAUCCAAACCGUCCAACGGAUCAAACUGGAAAAGAACAUUUUCAAUUAUGGCCAAAAAAUUUCUUACUUCUUCCGCCCACUUUGGGAUAAUCCUCCACGCCCUUUUGUGCGUCUACCACACUAUUAUGCCGAAAAUGUGUCUAUGGAACAUCUUUGUCGCCUCCAUGGCUGGUCUUUGCGAUCUGAACCUCGCCGUGUUUUUGAUGCCAUUAUCUUCAGCAAUGAGCUAGAUUUGCUUGAAAUUAGAUGGCGGGAGCUUUACCCGUAUGUCUGGAAGUUUGUAAUCCUGGAGUCACAUACCACUUUUACAGGCAUACGCAAGCCAUUAGUAUUUGAUGCAAAUAGGGCUAGAUUUUCCUUUGCGGAGAACAAGACUGUCCAUGAUGUGUUUUCUGGAAAAGUUGCAUCUCCUGGGUCGCAUAGAAACCCAUUUGACCUUGAAUCCCAGCAACGCGUAGCUAUGAAUAGAUUACUUCGUCGUGCAGGGAUUUCAAAUGGUGAUCUUUUGAUCAUGUCGGAUACUGAUGAGAUACCGAGCCCGCAUACUGUGAAACUACUGCAAUGGUGUGAUGAGGUGCCUUCAAUAGUCCAUCUUGAAAUGAGGAACUACAUGUAUUCUUUCGAGUUCCCGGUGGACUACAGCAGUUGGCGAGCCUCGGUUCAUAUCUAUGGCUCAUAUACUCACUAUAGGCAUUCCCGCCAAACCAAUCUUAUAUUCUCUGAUGCAGGAUGGCAUUGUAGCUUUUGCUUUAGGAAUAUUCAAGACUUUGCAUUCAAGAUGACAGCUUAUAGUCAUGCAGACCGUGUAAGGCGGCGGGACUUCUUGAAUUACGCCAGGAUACAGAAACUCAUCUGCCAGGGAGAUGAUCUCUUCGACAUGCUUCCCGAAGAGUACACCUUCCAGGAGCUGAUUAAGAAGAUGGGCUCUAUACCGCGAUCUUCAUCGGCCGUUCACCUUCCUGCAUACUUGAUAGAGAAUGCAGACAAGUUCAGAUUCCUUCUUCCUGGAGGCUGUGUAAGAACCUCUGCAAACAGCAUCCCAGGGCUGAAUAGGCAACCAUAGAGGCCUCGAUCAGUAGUUCGUCCAUUUCUAAUAUUGUCUAGCUUAUUUUCGGUACAAUUCCGCUCUGCUAGAGUGUGUGAAUAUCUAGCUAGCCCUGCAGGCUCUUUAUUUUGCAAAGGUACCAGAAUGGAUAGGUUAAGACACAAAUUGCUAACAGAAAUGUUUGAAAGUGUUAGCCAGAGCGAGUGAUAAUAUGGUAGAUGAUCCAUUGUUUAGUAUACUGAAUUUUGCAUUAGUUUGGCAGAGAUAGCGAUAGAAUGAAAAUGGCCUGUACUUCUUCCUUGUUUAUCAGAAGUUUUUUGUGAGAUA